AUGGCAUCACAGGACGAAACGGCGGUAAAAUCAAGUACAGCCGUAGCCGAAACCGCGACACCUGAAAUCUUUCCGCCAGAUGAAGAGAAAAAGCUGCUGGACGAGUCGAACACGGAGAAAGCUUCCGCGAACAAAACAUUCACAUCUGGCGAAUACAACGGCGCGAUACAAGGCUAUGAAAAGGCGCUAGCAGUAUGCCCUUCUUACCUUGAAUACGAUAUUGCCGUCCUCCGUUCCAACAUUGCAGCUUGCCACCUAAAGUUGGAAGAGUGGAAGCAAGCCGUAGAAUCUGCGACUCAAGCUCUGGAAGCGCUAGACCGGAUAGAUCCUCCACCACAGAAGAAUGAAGGGAAAGAAGUAACAGGCGGUGGCGCAAUUGCUGAAAUAGACGAUACAACCGAACUCUACCUCGACGCCCUCACCCGAACCAACCAUACGAUAAAUGACGUCCACAAACUCCGCACGAAAGCACUUCUACGUCGCGCAAAAGCACGCCAUGAAGUUGGUGGCUGGGCAUCUCUACAAGGAUCACUGGAAGACUACCAAGCCCUUUCCAAGACGCCUCACCAGCUCUCGAGCCUGGACCAGAAAGCUGUACAGGCAGCGUUGAGGAAGUUGCCGGGGCAGCUGGAAGAGGCGAAGAAUACGGAGAUGGCGGAUAUGAUGGGCAAGUUGAAACAGCUCGGUAAUGGCAUACUGAAGCCGUUUGGAUUGAGCACGGAUAAUUUCCAGUUCACGAAAGAUGAGAAGAGUGGGGGAUAUAGUAUGAACUUCAACCAGGGUGGGAAGUAG